AUGGUUCGAGCGGAUCAGCAUGUUUGUCAUCAUUCUGAACUGUGUGACUCUGGGCAUGUAUCAGCCGUGUAACGACGUGGUCUGCGAUACGUUCAGGUGCCGAAUUCUGGAAGGAUUUGAUCAUUUCAUCUUCGGCUUCUUUGCCGUCGAGAUGGUUAUCAAGAUGGUGGCGAUGGGAGUUUGGGGCAAGGACACGUAUCUGGCCGACUACUGGAACCGUCUGGACUGCUUCAUCGUGCUAGCCGGCGUUGCGGAGUAUAUUGUGAACAAGACGGUGGAGUAUGCCGUAGACACAGAGAACAUCAGUAUCUCUGCAAUCCGGACCAUCAGAGUGUUGCGACCUUUGAGGGCUAUCAACAGGAUUCCAAGUAUGCGGAUUCUGGUGAUGCUGCUGCUAGACACGCUCCCCAUGCUAGGGAACGUACUUUUCCUCUGUUUCUUUGUGUUUUUCAUCUUUGGGAUCAUCGGAGUGCAGCUCUGGUCGGGGGUGUUACGACAUCGUUGCUUCUUAGAACUGGACGAGAACGUGUCCUAUCCGAGUUACGUAUUGGACUACUACAAGCCCAAAGGCAAGUACGAGUUCAUCUGCAGCGCUCACAACGACUCGGGGAUACGCAAGUGCCAGGACCUGCCCUUGUUCGAGUACGAAGGCAUCCUCUGCAACGGCACCGCCAAAAUGUACAGUAAUAAUACUCCUACCAACGAAUCUUGUGUCAACUGGAAUCAGUAUUAUACCAACUGCUCUCCGCACGCGAUGAACCCGUUCAUGGGCGCCGUGUCCUUUGACAACAUCGGUUUGGCCUGGGUGGCCAUCUUCCAGGUGAUCAGUCUGGAGAGCUGGGUCAACAUCAUGUACUACGUGCAAGACGCCCACUCCUUCUGGGACUGGACCUAUUUUGUUGCUCUUAUUGUGAUUGGUUCAUUUUUCAUGAUCAACUUGUGUCUUGUUGUCAUAGCAACGCAGUUCUCUGAGACGAAGAAGCGCGAGACAGAACGCAUGAUGCAGGAGCGGAAGCGCUUCCAAUCGUGCAGCACGCUAGCCAGCAACUCGGAGCCGGCGGGGUGUUACACCGAGCUACUCAAACUGGUGGCUCAGCAAUACCGCCGGCUCAAGAGGAAGCUCAUCAAAGCGUAUUAUCAAACUCGAGGACUUCAGAAAAUUAAUCCGGAGAAAUCGCUGUCGCUGCGGCGCAAAAAGGCCAAGAAGAAAGGUAUACGAGGCAACACAAUGAAAAGCCAGCUUAUUCAUCACCCUACUGUUGUUAGCCACCACCACCACCACCUCUCAUCCUCUCACCCUCCUCUCAUCCAUCAUCAUCAGCACCAGCACCUUCUUCCUCCCCCUUCCAUUCAGUCAUCCCAACAACAACACCAACAACAACAGCAACAACAACAACAGCAGCAACAACAACAACAGCAACAACAACAACAACAGCAGCAACAACAACCUCAACAACAACAGCAACAACAACAGCAUAGUUCAACAAGUCCAGAGAUUCGCUACCAGAGUCCACCCAGACCUUCCAGCACACCACAAGCCCCGCGUGCUAGCCCCGAGCAGUCGGACAUCGACUCCAUGUCGUCCCCACGGCGGCCCAACUACCUGGUCCUCCCUGGCAGUGACUACAGCCUGAACCCCUCCUCCGAGUCCCUAGCCAUGUCUCACCUCUCUGUGGACCCCUUCACGCCUGGUAUCCUCAAGUCCCAAACCUCCUCGCCCAAUCAUCUGUCCGCGCAGUUUGCUUUUGCUCUGCCCCUGUCUUUGAGCCAGGCGUCCUCGUUCGGCGGCGGGAGCUCCCGUCUGCUUCCCUCCCUCCCGGAGGUUCUGGCCGCUCAAGGUGCCAAAAACGCCGCUCUGGCCGCGUCCAACUUGCUGCUCAAUAUGGACUGUGAGUCUAGCAAAACUCAGUCGGUGGCGGACAAAGGUCUGUUCGCCGACAAUCUCCUCAUGGACAUGGUGGGGGGCGAGAAGCAGCUCAGCACCCAACUGUCUAUGCAGAGUGAAACAGACGGUCAGCACCUCACAGGCCUGGACGGAGAGCCGUCCUUUCAGCAGGGUUCGUGCACUUACGUCGGGGACAAGGAGCUUGCAGGCGAGCACCCUAACGCCCCGACCACCACCACCACCACCACAGUGGCUGGUAUCCUACAGGGUGACGUAGUCGACUCGGAUUACGACCUAAGUCGCGAGGAGUCCGGAGGGUCGACACGAUCAAGGAUAGUGAUGUGUUUGCAGAAGAAAUUGAAGAAAUUUGUUGAGAGCAAUUUCUUCCAACGUAGCAUUCUCCUUGCCAUCCUGCUCAACACGCUCAGCAUGGGAGUGGAACAUCACAACCAGCCCGACUUGCUGACUACAACCCUUGAGUACAGUAACGUGGUGUUCUGUGUUCUCUUCGGCGCAGAGAUGACCUUCAAGAUUUGUGCCUACGGCGUCUUUGGAUAUAUCAGCAAUGGUUUCAAUGUCUUUGAUGGCUUCAUUGUGAUACUCAGCAUUGUGGAGCUGGCCCAAGGUGGGGCGAGCGGCCUCUCUGUACUUCGUACAUUCCGUCUCCUGAGAAUCCUCAAACUGGUUCGUUUCAUGCCCGCCCUGCGACGGCAGCUGGUGGUGAUGUUGCGCACCAUGGAUAAUGUGGCGACCUUCUUCGCUCUUUUAGUUUUGUUCAUGUUCAUAUUCAGCAUUCUUGGUAUGAACCUGUUCGGGGGAACGUUUUGUGAGAAGGAGGAUGGAACGCUUUGCUCCUGUGAGGAGCGACGAAACUCCUCUGUAGUCUGCCUCUGUGACCGAGCCAAUUUUGACAAUCUGAUUUGGUCUCUGGUCACAGUGUUCCAGGUGUUAACCCAAGAGGACUGGAACACAGUCCUCUACAACGGGAUGUCCAGGACUUCCAACUGGGCCUCCCUCUACUUCAUCGCCUUGAUGACCUUCGGGAACUACGUGCUCUUCAACCUGCUGGUGGCCAUUCUCGUGGAGGGAUUCUCCACAGAGGAUGAAGAAAAGAAAAAGGAUAAAAUGAAAGAUUUAGAGGAGUUGGAGAAAGAAGAGGAGGAGGAGAUGGAAGAAGAGAAAGAAAAGCAAAGGCUAGCGGAGAACAACAAUAUCGAAAGCAAUCAGGCGAGCAAAGCUCGGAUGAACUCACUCGAUCUGGACGUAAAAAAUAACAAGGAGAAAGAGAGGAAGAUGCUGGCUCUCCCAGCAGCGUCUGGAGGCAACGUAAAACUGGACAGUCCACCUCAAGUCCAAGUCCCGCCCCCCUCUGACGGGCCUCUCAAUCCACCAAUCAUAACGCACACGGCAGCCACGCCAAUGGCCACGCCCCAAGGCUCGCCCAAUGAGAACGCGAUAAAAGACACCAAUCACAAACUGUCUGUGUCUAUCAACAGGAGUGCCUUGAGGUCGACUUUGUCGGUGGAUUCUGAGAAAUCUACAUCCCUCAGUUAUCGCGCGGGCUCGCCCCGACCUUCACCUUGCCUGAGACGCUCCAACAGUCGGGGCAGCCACCACCAGCGUACGGCCAGUUGGCGCGCGCGGAACCGGCGCAUGCGCGGAGACAAAACGAGCCUGGUUGUGGACAGCCUCUCGGACAGUGCUGAUGACGUCGAUGAUGACGUGUUCUCUUCCAGCCACUCACAGUCGCCCACGUACUCCGCUGGCACACCUCGCACCCCUAGUGUGAACACUCAUGGACACUCAGUAACCUAUGUAUUCAGUGACUGCAAUGGGCACCCGCCCCUCAACAACCAACGAGCCCUGAGUCCUCAAAACUCUCUCAAGGGCAGAGCACUCACCCCAAAGAACUCCUUCAAAAGCCGUCACAGCUGGAGCCGGAACAACUCUGUUGGCAGCGGGCGAAGUAUCUGCAACUCGUUUGAGCUCAGUCGUCAGAACUCCUUCACGAGUCACCGGACGCUCAACUCUUUGGGCAGCGGUAACUCCAAGGACGACAACAAGAGCAAUAAGAACUUUGUGGAUCUUCCAGACGUGAAGAUAGCCCUGGACAAAGAUGAGGGCAGGGAGGAUGACGAGGACGAUGAUGAGGAGGAGCCAGAUCCAGACGCCAUAGAUGAAACAGACUGGAACUGUUCCUGGUGCCCAGAGCCUCGGGGCUGCUUCCUCACCAGACAUGAGUACACCUGCUACCUACUCUCCAACGACAACCGGUUGCGCAAGCUAUGCCACCACCUCAUCUCUCGACGGUGGUUCGACAACGCCGUGCUCAUCUUUAUCGCGCUCAACUGUAUCACGUUGGCUAUGGAGCGACCCGACAUUCCCCCCGACAGUUUGGAGCGGCAGUUCCUCACAUAUUCCAACUAUAUCUUCACGUUUGUCUUUGCCAUGGAAAUGUUGAUAAAGGUGAUAGCCAAAGGCUUCUUCGUGGGCAAACACGCCUACUUGAAAAGCGGCUGGAACGUGAUGGAUGGGUUCCUUGUCAUCAUUUCUCUCAUCGACAUCUUUAUCUCCCUCUCAGCCAACAACAGCCCGCGUAUUUUCGGCAUUCUCCGCGUGUUCCGGCUUCUGAGAACCUUGAGGCCUCUCAGGGUAAUCAGCCGGGCGCCGGGCCUGAAGCUCGUGGUUCAAACCCUCCUGUCCUCUCUCCGUCCUAUCGGAAACAUCGUUCUGAUCUGUUGUACAUUCUUCAUCAUCUUCGGCAUCCUCGGCGUGCAACUUUUUAAAGGAACGUUCUACUACUGUAAGGGCCCGGAGGUGCAGCACAUCGUCAAUAGGACCCACUGCGAGGAAGACAAGAAAAACAUUUGGAUCAAUCAAAAGUAUAACUUUGACAAUCUCGGCCAGGCUUUGAUGGCUCUCUUUGUGUUGGCCUCUAAAGAUGGCUGGGUGCAGAUUAUGUACACUGGCUUAGACGCGGUCGGGGUUGACCAACAGCCGAUUGAAAACUACAACGAAUGGCGCCUCAUAUACUUCAUAUCAUUUCUGCUGCUGGUUGCCUUCUUUGUACUCAACAUGUUCGUGGGCGUUGUCGUGGAGAACUUCCACAAAUGCCGCGAAUCCCAGGAGAUCGAGGAACGAGCCAAACGCGCCGCCAAGCGACAAGAAAAGCUGGAUAAAAAACGAAAGAAACUCCGUGAGCCGCCAUAUUGGGCCCACUAUUCCCACGGGCGUCUGCUCAUCCACACGGUGAUCAACAGCAAAUACUUCGACUUGGCCAUAGCGGCGGUCAUUGGCCUCAACGUCAUCACCAUGGCCAUGGAGUCUUACAUGAUGUCAGAGGAGCUAGAAUUUGCUUUGAAGAUUUUCAACUUCUUCUUCACAAGUGUCUUCAUCUUGGAAGCCGCCAUGAAAAUUGUCGCCCUUGGAUUCCUCCGCUACAUCCGAGAUAGAUGGAACCAGCUGGACAUCAUGAUCGUCAUCCUGUCGGUAGUGGGCAUCGUCCUGGAGGAGAUGAGAACAAACGUCAUUCCCAUCAACCCGACCAUCAUUCGGGUCAUGAGGGUGCUGCGUAUUGCUAGAGUUCUGAAGCUGCUGAAGAUGGCCAAGGGGAUCCGCGCUUUGCUGGACACUGUGAUCCAGGCUCUGCCUCAGGUGGGCAAUCUCGGCCUGCUGUUCUUCCUUCUCUUCUUCAUCUUUGCUGCCCUCGGAGUGGAGCUCUUCGGACGUCUUGAAUGUUCCCGAGAGCACCCGUGUGAGGGUCUGGGCAUCCACGCUCACUUCGGGAACUUUGGCAUGGCUUUUCUGACAUUGUUCAGAGUCGCCACAGGGGAUAAUUGGAACGGCAUUAUGAAGGACACGCUGAGAGAAGACUGUGACCGCUCGGACAACUGCUUGACCAACUGCUGUGUGAGCCCACUCAUCGCCCCCGUCUACUUCGUGGUGUUUGUGCUGAUGGCGCAGUUUGUGCUGGUCAAUGUGGUGGUGGCGGUGCUCAUGAAACACCUAGAGGAGACGUACAAGUACAAAGAGCUUGACGACGAGCUGGAGGAGGAGCUGAGAGCUGAGAUGUGUGCCCUGGCGCUGGCCGGUAAGACGGUGCCGGACUGCUCGGACAACAAGGAGUCCCAUAGGAUGUUGGAUGAUGAUGCUCUGGUAUUGAGUGACGCCAUUGCUUCAGUGACGAACGCCAAGCAGGAUCCUGAGAACAAGGAGAACGGCAUUGAAGGAGACAACCCGAGCGGCUUGCAGGUGUCCACCUUGCCCAGUUUCAGCUUCAGUGUCCGUCCCCCUAGCGAGGAACAGUCCAGGUCUGAGGAGGCUGCUAGUGGUAUAUCCCCAGUAAACGCGUCUCUCACGAUCGAGGGCGUGCCCUCCUGGUCGUCCAUGGACAGCAACCGUCUCGCCAUCACUCCCAGCAUGACAGCCAGCUCUUCACCCAACUCGGAGAGAAGUGUCCGAAUCUCCUCCCCGCCCAUCCGGAGAGCACCCAGCCCUUAUCUUCUGAGUCUGCAGUCAGGAGGCUCCCAACAGCGCCGGCCGUUGGUCAAGCAAUACAGUAUGGAUGUGGGUUCGGAUCCACAGCUCAACAACCUCAACCUCAACCCUGGCCCCACCGACAGCUGGGACAAAAUGAAGGAGCCGCCGCGGCCCAAGCUUAUAGGAGGGGAAACCAACAUGUCCAGAUCACAGCCUUCGCUGCAACUCAAGGACUUGAAGAGCGCCUCAAUGGAGCACAAGAACAGCUCUCUCGACCUGAAAGACGUCCCAGCAGCCGGUGAUCGUCUUCCCGCUAGAGACAGAAUCAAGCACAGGUUACUGCGGAGCCGCAGUAGUGGCGCUAAAUAUAGCCGCUUCCGUGACAAGUACAAGCAGAGUAACCUGAACAAAGCAGCCAAUCAAAACAAUUCGGACACAAAUUUGGCCAAGGAUAAACUACGUAAGACACAAGGAACGGGUAGCACGGAGACAGGCUCAGACAUGGACGACUCGCCGUUCAGUGACUGGGGAAGUGAGGAAGCGGCAUGCGAUGAGGAGGUAAAAAUGAUAACGGGAGGCACUGAGGACGAUGAAGAUGAUAUCCGCCCGACACUGUCUCCCUACGCCUCCGAGGACAGAGAUAGCGGCGGUCACAUGACCUCUGCCCGCCCCGGCCUGGAGUCUGUCGCCAGCAGCAGUCAGUCAACCACCCGCACUGACAGCACGCCCCGACUCAUCAAGUCCUACCCGAAAUGUAAGAGCCCAAUGCCGCCUGCAAUGAAGAGCUCAAGCAACAGCCCCGGCAUAGACAACAGCAGUUUUGAACUGGGCGAAGAAGUGCAACUUCCACCGUGCUGUAAGGCCCGUGAGGCCGCCGUGGUUCGGCGAAGCAACUCCUUCAGUCCUUCCAAAUUGACACCAAAAGCGUUCAGCCCUCCAAUGAGCGGUCUCUCGCCACGUUCGGAGCGCUCCCUCAGCCCAUUCGGGUACCGCGACCACCCGAACUGCGUGUCUCCGCUUCCUUUACCUCCGUCGCCGCUUGCGCUGGAAGACAGUGCAUUCCGCAUGCGCACAACACCAGACAGCCGGAGGGAAAGUGCCGUGAGCCCUCUCACGUUCACACAUGGACACACGUUAACAGUACCCUCGCCUCACGCGCUGUACAUGCGCUCUCCUUCCCCUACUCCUCCAAAGCACGUGCUUCUUUCCCUGCCCACCUCGGAGUCGUCUGUCCCAGUCAUCCCUCGCCGCCCGGUAGGCUCCCCUGCACCUCUCCGGCGUCAACAGACCAUGUCUCGAUCGUCUGCUGUGGACUACCCAGACUCCUCCAUGAUGCCAUCUCCGAUGCGUCGCCGCAUUCCUCACACCCUGUCCAUGGACAGCGCCCUGCUGGCGCCACCUGGCUUACCACAAUCCUAUUCCAUCAACGAGCCUUUUCUGGAGUUGCACGCAGGGUGCAGGGCAACUUCCCCUCUUCCGUCCCCUCGUAACUCACAACAAACCUUGCCAGGCAUGUUCACUCGUUCAGCUUCUCCUCGGGUGUUUGAAGAGCAGGAGUAUAGGGACUCACAGACCCACCUCCCACAACCCACACCUAGCCCUCAAGCAUCUAACAGCAGCCAGUCUACACUAACCCCCCAGCCUGUACACAGCUCACAACCUAUGCACAACCCACAGACGGCUUCCAACACCCAUCUCUCCCCGACCUCGCUCAGCACAAAGCCUAGACUUCACCGCCAGCCUUCCUCCACCGUCAGCCCCUCAUCGGACCAGCCGCCAUCACUAAUGUUGCCAGGGGAAACGCGCACGCAAACACAAUUAUCGUCACCUUCUUCUUCGUCUCCAUCGUCGUCUGCUCUUAAUCCACAACCAUCUCGCCCCGCAGCGCCCCAUAUACAAGAGCCCGUGACGUCACCAGCAGACAGUCCCCCAGUCCAGGUAGAACCAGCGGCCAGCAGCCCCCCUGUUGUCACUGUGAGCACAUUCCCCAACACAGAGACGAGCUGCGAGUCCAUCUCCAUCUCCACAGACUCCCAGGGCAGACACCGCAGUAGUUCCAUCAGUUCUCCUUCCAGGUGUCGCUCGGAGCCUGCGGAUGGCGGCGCCACGGUCACAGUUUAUCCGGACAAACAAGUUGAACCCUGGGAUGUUCAGAGCAGCUCUGGUAGUCACGUUACGGAAGCGAGCAGCCCGGGGGACGCCGGGGCGGAGAACGAACAAUUUGAGAGGUCGGAGGGCCAACCGGAAUAUAAAGGAGAUGAUUUGUGAAAAUACCUAACGUAGUUGCGGAUAUUCCACACGCGUUUCAUAUGUCACAGCAUGGACCUAGGAACUUUGCUUUCUAACGAAGUUCCCUGCAACCACUGGGUGUACAAAAGGCUCCUUUAUUCCUAACCACGUUGGGCGGAAGGCCCUCUGUGACUGGUACAUUCUCCCCCUGAACGCCUUGUGUUCUGGACAAUGAUCUUGCGUUGUGACUCCGGGGGAGGCCAUUUUAUUUUAUGCGAGGUUCCCUUGGUUUGAGUGUCCUGCCGCAUGUGGGAUGGCGCUUCUUGUACGCAACUAUUUGCUUGUUCACCGGUUUUGAUCUUAUAUUUGCAGCUAAAAAAGACCAAUGCAAAUGCGAAAUAAAAUGCUAUGCCUAUUUGAUAGUGUUACGAUGUGUCGACAAUAGCAAGAUUUUUUUACCCCAAACUAAGCUCUAAAUCAUUUUUCCUGAUUUGUAAUUAUCCCACGACACACUGCUUUGCCAAUUCUUACAUAGCUUACUUAAGGACAACGGAUCCUAACUAGCAGGCGUUGUAGUCUUGGAGUGUUCUGGUCUUGUGAAGCCCCUAUUGCAGAGUGAAAAUCGAAACCUAAUAUACCACUGCUAGAACCCUACAGCCUGAUUUAGACGUUUGAUUUGUAGUAUGUCUUUAUGAACGUUGCUUGAUUAUGCUUGACCAGAAAGGCAACCACGAACUCAAACACCGAACCUCUUGAAGAAUUUAUUUAUAUCCCAACGUCGAAAUGAUUUCCACAAGCCAACAGAUUCAUACUGUACGCACGCAAACAGGGUUCCACAGUGGUUUGUUGUCAGUCUGUGGAUUUCAAAACCCUAGAAGUGAAGUUAACAAUGUGUACAUCAUCUAUAGCCACAUAACUCUGGGGAUAAGAAUCUAUGAGUGUCUGGUGUGAUUCCGCGUCCACUGUCGAUGACCUCUUGUCUCGGACAUUGGGAAGUCUGUAUCGUGUGCUGCUCGUGAAGCAUCUACUGAAUCAUUGUUUUCCACACACCAUUUGUGAUGAAUAUAUUUAUUAUGUCCAUGACAACACAAGCCGUCUUCACUUUGAAUAUAAAGCCGUUUCAUUGAUGCAUAUCCACACAAUCUAAAUGUAAUGCUCUUUCCUGGCGCCUAUUGUGACUUCCCUCACCCCAUCCCCCAACCCCGUGAUUUUUCAUUCUGAACAGUGCACGUAUUCUUUAUCUUUUGUAUAUCCAUUCAUUCCCACAGUAAAUACCCAUCCCUUCAAAAAGCACUCUCCCAUCGUUUUUCCCUUUGCAUAUGUAAAUAUCUGAAGAUACUGACUGUGAAUAAGCACCGAUUUUAAACCCCUUCCCAUUAUUAUUGUGCAGACAUGUAUUAUGCGUCCUUUCUGAUUGAGAGCAUGGAUCUUAUUCAUUUUUUCAGUUGUGCCAUUCUGUGCGCUGUGAGUCUUGUAACACAACCUAAAAUGGGACUUUCUACUGAUUGUACACUUCUGGUAAAAAUAACUGUCAAAGAUCAAUAAAUUAAGCAGCAGUUAUAAAUAAAAUUGCGAAAAAGAACAUUUAAACAACUGCCUGCUUUAAAUCCAGUUCAUGUGGACCUUGUCAAUUCGAAUUCUCUUUUCACGUAGACUUUCCCGCUUGCACAAGCGUACAGUGGAGUUAUCGCUUGUUAGAUCCUCUAUCUUAUUUACACGUAAAUAUCCAUAAAAUUAAUGGCAUAAUCACGCAGUUAUAUGCACUAGUCAUUUGUUGUGUCUUCGGGCGACCUUACUGAUUAAUGUAGUCGUGAAAACGUAAAAGAAAAAAAGUAACAGUUUUGUUGUGGUAAGCGGUUUGCCGUCACACACACAAGACGUUAGCUCGAUUCAUUCCGCAUCAGGGCAGAUUUUAAUAUCCACCUCUGAAUGCUGGAAGGUUGUGUAGUGCCCGUCCAGGGUUGGCCCUGGCAGUCAGCGUUAAAGCAGUCAGUUUCCUAGAUUUAAUUAUCUAAAUUUUGUGGAUGGGAGUGCAAACAUCAAU